AAGUUCAGACAGCAGCCAAUCGCAAACAGGAGUGGGCGGGUUCCAUAGACGUAGUAUUUGAGCGCAUUGUUAAUAAUGGCGGCGCUGUAGAAAAGCUGAUACAGAGACGUUCCACACAGAUGCAGAGUUGAGAUCGAAGAGACCCGACCAUGGAGUCUGUUCAUCCCAACCCAGCGCCAAUCCGGUGGGUGGUAUCGGAGAACCGGGAGGUCCGGAUCAAAGAGGAGCCUGUGCCGUGCUGUGACCCUCCCAGAGAGUCGGUCCCGGUGCCACAGUAUGGACUGGUCUACAUGCAGCAGCAGUACGGCAGGGUCCAGACUGAACAGAACCACACUACACAGGACCAAACCUACGUUCAGCAAGGACCGUCUGCCAGCGUCCCUUCAACAUACGCCGAAGGCAAUCAGGGGUUCCAACAUCCCGUCAUCAAAGAGGAGACUUCGGAAACAGAGUGCACCCCCAGGCCGGACCCACCCCACCCCGGGAUCCUCCGAGUGAGCCGGUUCGACCUGGAGAGGGGCUCCACCCGGUUCAGAUUCCUCCGUCAGACCCCGUCCCUCCGGGCCGUGGUGCGGGAUACGGAGCAGCGGCCCGUCCACAUCAAAGUGGAGGUUUACGAGCCGGGCGGAGACGUCAAGGAAGAGGAAGAGGAGCGGCAGUGCGACUCCGUCAACCAGGAGGAAGAGGCGUGCGCUCUGGAACCCGGGCAGAUCAAGGUGGAAGACCCGGAGCCGGAUUCUGUUCCCAAGACCCGGCGGUCGGUCCGGAUUGGAGAGGAGGCGCCUGAACAAGCUGUUGUCUCCAGUGUGGACAGUGGACAACCUGCCCUCUCCAGUAUGGACAGUGGACAACCUGCUGCUCUCCUUGGUAUUGUCAGUGGACUGUCUGUUAACAAUAUUACUGUUAAAGGGCAAAAGUUGGUCUGUAAUUUGUAUGACGGACAAACUUCUGUCCACAGUAUGGACACUGUCCCCCCCAGACAAUGUUCUUCCCACAGUAAUCAGGCUGUCUCUCCACUGGAAAUGUCCUACAAUCGGGGGGAGGAAACUGUCCCUACUGACAAACUGGACGAUGUCCGUGGUGAUGCUGUCGUCGGUGGAUUGGGAUCUGUCCUCAAUCAAUACCGUGCCCCUGGACUACAUGCUGUCAGUCUUCAAAAAAACACCCCUAACUAUGUCUCACAACUGGUGUCUGCUCGCGUCAAGAAAGAAGCCCCGCAAGAGGAAUCUGUCCGCAUAGAAAUGGAGGUCCCUCAAGCUGCAUUUGUCCAAACGGAAGUCCACACUAAUGAUGAACAUCAACUAGACUCUACCAACACCAACAAAGAUUUCCCGCUUGUGGAAUCUGUCUAUACGGACCAAGAGAAGGUCCCUGAACCAAAAUACAUGCCCCCCAACAAGCUAAAUGACGUCCGCUCGGACAACAGUCUUCCACCAGUGGAAUCUGUCCACCAUACCGUGUCCGCCCCUGAAGCAGUUCCUGAGGGCAGUGAUGACGUCUCUGCUAUGGACACUGAUCCUGCAGAGAAGGAGGAGGAGGGGGGUGAAAAAGAAGGCCCCCAGAUUUCCGAUGACCCCCCUGAACCUCGGUCAGCCCGCUCGGAUGUGAAGACCCCCGACCCCCAUGGGGCAGACGAGACUGAAAUGGAAUCUGACCUAGAAAACGAUGACCCUGGACCGGACUCGGUCGUUAUCGACAAGAAGGUCCACGAAACCGGAUCCCUCCACCCUAACAAGAAGACCUCUGAAGACAUAAAGGUCCCAGAUCCGAAGACUUUUGGCACCAACGCCCCUGAAAACCAGGACGCUAAAAUCCUAGAAAAGAGAGAAAAGGCAGCAGGCCGAGAAGAUGACCCUCAACUGCAGUCUCUCCUUCAACCGACAACCAACCGACCCCAACUGCAGUCUGUUCAUCAUCAUAGUAAUAAUAAUAAGAAGAAGAAGACGACUCUCCCUCCUGCAAAGACUGACCGGGUGGGAGAUGAAGACACAGACACUCCUUUAGAGGAGGGAGGAACGGAGAUGGAAUCCGUUCCUGGAGACGAGUGCGGACUCAGUGACCUUGAAGAGCCAGGGACAGUUCGCACGUCACUGAGAAGCUCCGCCAAGGGUUCUGGAGAUGCUAAAACAGAAGAGAUGGCAGCCGAGCCGGCCACCGCUGAUGUGAAAUGUGUGAUCGCAGAAUCCCAUGCCUGCCCCCACUGCCCGACGGCUUUCCCCGCGAGUCAGGAUUUGGACAAGCACAUGAAAAAGCUGCACGGAGAAGAACGCGCCGAGAAACGCAGGACGAGGCCCGUGAGCUCAAGAAGGACUUCCUCACGAUCCAGACAGACGUCCCAGUCCCAGGCGCAAAAUCCAGAACCCACCGACGCCGGCACGGACAAGAACCUCGGCAAACAUAGCUGCGCGGACUGCGGGGAACGUUUCCCCACCCCGAAAACCUUAAAAAAACACAGGGACACCCACCAGGAAGGUCAGUGUCAUCCGUGCAAAAAGUGCUCUAAGACUUUCAGAGACUUGGAGCUCCUUAAAAGGCACCGGCUGGUCCACAGAGAAACUGAGGCUGCCUCUAAAGACGUCGGACUGUUGAUUUUAGAGGCAAGCCGCUGGCGGAGGAAACACCGGUGUGCCGAAUGCGGGAAGCACUUUCUCUACGCCGCCAACCUCAAGAAGCACCGUCUGCAGCAGCACGAGGGCAAGCCGCUCCCCCACCCCUGUGGCGAGUGCGGCCGCUGUUUCACAGACCCGUCGCAUCUGAAGAUGCACCAGAAAAUCCACAGCGACGAGACUCCCGUUGCAUUCUGCUGCCCGGAUUGCGGCAAGGUUUUCAAAACAGCCAAACACCUGAAAAGGCACCGGCUGGUUCACUCGGAAGACGCUCCUCCUUUUCAGUGCUCGGAGUGCGGGAAGAGGUUCUGGGAUUCAGGGCAUUUGCGAAGGCACCAGCGCGUGCACACUGGAGAGAUGCCCUAUCCGUGUGACGGGUGCGGGAAAAGGUUCCGGUUUUCCGGAGCUCUCCGGAAGCACCAGAGGAUUCACACGGGGGCGAUGCCGUUCCAGUGCGCGGACUGUGGGAAGAGAUUCCGGGAAUCCAGCACCUUGAAAAAACACGAGCUGAUCCACAGCGGGGAGACUCCUUUCCUGUGCCCUGAUUGUGGGAAGAUGUUCAAUCAGGUCGGCAAUCUGAAAAAGCACCAGCAAAUCCACGCCAGCUCUGCUCCUUACCAGUGCCCGGAGUGCCAGCGGUGCUUCAAACGCGCCGAGAACUUAAAGCGGCACCGGCUGCUCCACGUGGGCGAGACCCUCCACCCCUGCCCCGAAUGCAACACCUCCUUCCGCAGCGCGGCGCGCCUCCUCAAACACCAGGGGCAGCAGCACUCCGAAGGGCAGCAGCAGGAGCGGCGCCUCCGCAAACACCGGAGGCAGCAGCACUCCGAAGGGCAGCAGCAGGAGCGGCGCCUCCACAAACACCAGGGGCAGCAGCACUCCGAAGGGCAGCAGCAGGAGCGGCGCCUCCACAAACACCAGGGGCAGCAGCACUCCGAAGGGCAGGGGCAGCGACAGCAGCAGCAGGAGCGGCGCCUCCGCAAACACCAGGGGGAGCAGCACUCUGGAGGGCAGGGGCAGCAGCGGCGCCUCCGCGUCUGCGAGGACUGCGGUAAAAGCUUCAAGCGCGCGGGGGAUUACCACAAACACUGCCGGAUUCACACGGGCGAGAAGCCCUUCCCGUGUACGGAGUGCCAGAAGAGGUUCAACCACCUGGGGAACCUCAAGAAACACCUGCUGGUGCAUUCGGGGGAAACGCCCUUCGAGUGUCCGGACUGCGGGAAGAAGUUUAGCCAGAAGGGGAACAUGAAGAAACACAGGCGGACGCACGGCGACGACAACGCCGGGAAGAAGAAGAAGAAGAAGGAAAAAAAAUAAUCAUGCACCCGAGUUAUCAGAAAUCUCAUCAUGAAAACCAGGAAGGGAUCAUACUCUGUGCAACGGAAGUCUUCUUUCUGUCUCUGAAGUGCAGGUACGUCAGGUUACAAUCUCCGUUUUAGAAGUUGAUUUUCUAGGCAUUUUUGCGGGGCCCUUAAAAGGGGGAAGCGACUAAUACACCUGUGAGACGUAUGCGCCGGCGUUUCUCAUGUUAAACUACUGUACCAGUGCCAGAGUGGGAUUACUACAACCACGGUUAUGGCUCACGCAAACUGAACUGUCAACAACUCGAUUUCAGGAUCUACGGCAUUCAGGUCAUGUUGCUAGGCAGGUAUACCAAACCACCGUUCUAAUUGAAACUUUCAAUUUGUUGCUCUCGAUACACUUGGUCCUUUUGAAUGUUAAACACAGGCUUUCAGACUUUCAAAAUGUCACAGCUGUACUGCUUCAAUUAGUCUUAACACAAUAGCUGUCAGUCUCUAUCAAUUUCCUUAUUCCCAACACUCCUCCCGAGCCAUCGAUUUUGUCAAUAUUCAGACUGAGCCCGCCCCCUGGGAUCUGUACCAAACGGCUAUUGGUUAUAAAGCAGAGGGGUAAACUUAUCGAGUCUUCCAUUUGUUGUAACUGCAGUGCUAUAAUAAUGCAGGUGACUUUCAGACUGGAUCAAGUAGGACAAUCAAAAAAAAAAAAAAAAAAAACUCGACAGGUUUGAAGUUGCACGUGGUUGAAUUUGUUGAAAUGCGUGUUCGUGACUGGAGACGAAACAAAGACAAACUUAAGACUUCGAAAGGAAAAUGAGCCGAUAAGAGGAAGGAAGUGUUCAUGGCCCGAUGUAAAAAAAACAUGUUGCUUGAAUAGAAUACUUUUGAAUGACUUUCAUACAUACUGUAACUUGUUCUACAUGCCAGUACAAUGCAGUGAUACACUUGUAAAGUAUGUUUAUGGUUCUGCUUAACAAAAUGAAUGAAUUUGUACAGCUGGAAAUUGAAUGUAAUUGUGCUGCACCGUACGCAACGCUAAAAUGUUUACUGGUUAUUGGAUGGUGCAUGGUUUUGUGUUUUGCUUUUUAAUUGAUGAAGCAGCACCGUUUAACACUUUCUUUUAAAUUUGAAUUAAUACAACGAAUUUGUAAAAGCCAAUGCAGCUCUAACUAUUGUCUAAGUAUGGGUUUGGAAAGAAAUGUUCAGUAAAGCAAAUAAGAUAUGUUCUUGAACCUGCUGAUAAGCUAAAAUAAGAUACUGGUAGGUUAAUACAGACGUGAUGUGGGAUGUGUAACUUGAUUUUACGCUCUGUUUAAUUUUAUUACUUUUUUAAAUGUUAGAAAUUUUGAAAAAAGGAAUAGUUUUCUAGCGGUUAAACUAAAAAUGAAAAACAUGUGUGCUUACACAUCAUCACAAUGUUAUUUAAAUAUGAAUCUUGCAUUGUAACCCUGUACUGCCCUGUGUCACCUGUGUUACCUGCCAAAUAAAUAAAUAAAUAAAUACAUA